AUGAUUACAUUUAAACAAUUUUUUGUACCUACUUUGAUUCUAGCAAUCUGUCUCUUCGCUUCAUCUUACGCAAUUCCUGUUCCCAUCAGCGUCGACGGCAGCCAAGUCGAUCUCAAUUCUAAAGGCAUCGACGUUGGCAACGGCGAAGGCAUCCAGAAUACAGAUAAGGGUAUUAACGUUGGUGACGGCCACAAAGGUGCAAACAACAAUGGACCCACUCUCGUUAACAACGGCAUCAACGUCGCCGACAGCUACAGUGGCAACGGCCCAACUGGCGGCAUCGGCACCAUUAACAAUGGCAUCAACACCGGUGUAGGUAGCGGUGGCGACGGUAUUAACGGUGGUUUAGGCGGCGUCGGCAUCAUUAACGACGGCAUCAAUACCGGCAAAGGCACCGGCGGCACCGGCGCCAUAUAUUAG